GCUACAGGAAGAUCCGCCAUUCACCCAAUAACAUGUUUCAAAUAACUCUCUUCUUUGCCCUCUUUGUUGCCUACACUUUUUCUGCACCCGCCGAAGAGAAGAAAGAAGUAAAUCUUGAAGGUCUUCUACAGAAACAUCAAGCGCUUAUUCCCGAGAAUGUGGCUACAAAACUCAAAGCCCUUCCCGCCGAGAAGAAAGCUGUUCUAGAAGAGAUAGUGAAGGUUGUCGCAAACUACAAGACUGAGGAUAAGUUUCUAAAAGGGUUGAUGGAAAAAGAAGGAAGUAUGAAGGAAAAAAUAACCGCGAUCCGCGACUAUAUCAGAAAAAAGGUCGCCGCACUAGGAGAUGAAGCAAAGGCUUUUGUGAAGAAGGUUGCCGCAAAUGUUCGGAAAUUGCGUAAACUAAUUCAAGCUGGGCAAGAACCAUCGCUUGAAGAUAUCAAGGAGAAAGGAAGGGAGCAUAUCGGUGAAUUUGAUAAACUAAGCAAGAAUGCCAAGGAGGAGCUCGAAAAGAACUUCCCAAUCUUUACUACCGUUUUUACAAGUGAAAAAGUGAGAGCGAUGUUUAACAAGCCUGAGAAGAACUAAAGAGCAAGAAGUGAAGCGUCUAGAUUGAAUAAAUGUUGUUUUCAAAAA